CCCACCGCUCCCUACGGGCGGCGUCAGGGUAGACCCGCUCCGCAGGCGCAAACGAAAUUCAGGCCCAGGGGAGGUCAGGGGACGUCUGGGCCCGGGGGGAGUCUUCUUCCGAUGGUGACUCCCCCGACCCCCACCCAGUGCAGCCGUCAGGCGCUUCGCGGCGGCCCUGGAACCGUUUGUGCACCCGCGGGCGGCCGCCGCAGCUUGAGCCCAAGCGUCCACGGCCACGGGUGAGACGCUGGGGGACGGUGCGUGUCUGUGACCUCCCACGCCCCCCAUCUCUUUCGCUUUUGUGAUGCUAAAGAGCCUCGCGGUGAACCGUGGCCCAGCUGCGGCCCGGCCCGACGGCUCGGUGCCGCCCCCGGCCCGCCCCCCCGCGCCGGCCCCGCUCCGCCCCGGGCGCGGCCAGUCCCCGCACCGCUCCCUGAGCAUCCCUCCGUGCCGCUCCGCCACUCCUCCGCAGCCACCCGCGCACCUCGCACCGGUGCGCCCUCGGAAGCCGCGAUGUUGCUGGAGCGGGUCCGAGCCGGCUCCGAGAAGGCAGCGGAGCUCUGCCCCUUCCCACGGAGCCCAGACAUCCCGCUGUGCGCCGGCUGCAACCAGCACAUCGUGGACAGGUUCAUCCUCAAGGUCUUGGACCGGCACUGGCACAGCAAGUGCCUGAAAUGCUCCGACUGCCAGACGCAGCUGGCCGAGAAGUGCUUCAGCCGUGGGGACGGCGUGUAUUGCAAGGAGGACUUCUUCAAGCGCUUCGGGACGAAGUGUGCCGCCUGCCAGCAGGGCAUCCCCCCGACCCAGGUGGUGCGGCGGGCCCAGGACUUCGUUUACCACCUGCACUGCUUUGCCUGCAUCGUCUGCAAACGGCAGCUGGCUACCGGCGACGAGUUCUACCUCAUGGAGGACAGCAGGCUCGUCUGCAAGGCGGACUACGAGACAGCCAAGCAGCGAGAGGCGGAGUCGACGGCCAAGAGGCCCCGCACCACUAUUACGGCCAAGCAGCUGGAAACCCUCAAAAACGCUUACAACAACUCGCCCAAACCAGCGCGGCACGUCCGGGAGCAGCUUUCAUCCGAGACUGGGCUGGACAUGCGAGUGGUGCAGGUCUGGUUCCAGAACCGCAGGGCCAAGGAGAAAAGGCUGAAGAAGGACGCGGGGAGGCAGCGGUGGGGUCAGUACUUCAGGAAUAUGAAGCGAUCCCGAGGGACCUCCAAGUCCGACAAGGACAGCAUCCAGGAGGAGGGGCCCGACAGCGACGCCGAGGUGUCCUUCACAGAUGAGCCCUCUAUGUCUGAGAUGAGCCAUUCCAAUGGGAUUUACAGCAAUCUCAACGAAGCAUCUCCUGCUCUGGGAAGACAGGCUGGGACCAACGGGAGCUUUGCUCUGGAUCACAGUGGGAUCCCAGCUCAGGACCAGUACCAUGACCUGCGAUCUAACAGCCCCUAUGGGAUACCCCAAUCACCAGCUUCCUUGCAAGCACUGCCAGGCCACCAGCCUUUAAUCUCCAGCUUGGUUUACCCAGACAAUGGCUUGGGCAUCAUGGGACAAAGUGGACAAGGGGUACCCCAGUCCAUGAGGGUCCUGGCUGGGAAUGGACCCAGCUCUGACCUCUCCACUGGCAGCAGCGGGGGAUACCCAGAUUUCCCAGCCAGCCCAGCCUCUUGGCUGGAUGAAGUUGACCACGCUCAGUUUUGAUAAAGGAUCCACCACCAUGCAGUGGGAAGGGAAAGGACUCGGUGCUGUUACACACCACCUACUCUUGGAACUAAAGGAGGGACAAAUGGUGAGCACUGAGCCGGCAGGAGAGCACGACAACGCUGAGGGAGCAGCCUGCAGAGGAUGGUGAGCAAAGGCAGUCGUGCAGCAGUGAUUCAGUGUACAGAGCCUCCAAACCAAACUGUUUCUUGUGUCUUUACUAAACACCAAGACUUGUGCUUUACAGAUUUGAUAGGAGGUGUUUUGCUUUCUGUUGUCAGUGCACUCUCCAAAGCAAGGACUUGCUUCAUCACCCAUCCACACCGAAACCUUUUUUAAAGCAGUAAUAAAAGCCCUCAUCCACAGUGCAAGAUGUGACAAUGUCUAUAUUUCUAUAGGAGAAAUGUGAAUAGUGACUCACUUCAGAAAUCCAUGGUAGAAAACUCCUCUGUUCUUCCAGCAGACUUUUUGUCAAGCGCACCGACUGGGUAGGUUUGGGUCAUUUGGGACACGUUUGGUUUAUUACUGGGGACACUUAUUUUAUUUGGGACAUGUUUGGUUCAUUUGGGACAUGUUUGGUUCAUUUGGGACAUGUUUGGUUUAUUUGGGACACAUUUGGUUCAUUUGGGACACAUUUGGUUUAUUAUUUAGGACACUUAUUUUAUUUGGGACAUGUUUAGUUCGUUUGGGACAUGUUUGGUUUAUUACUGCGGACACAUUUGGUUUAUUUGGGACAUGUUUGGUUUGUUUGGGACAUGUUUGGUUCAUUUGGGAUAUGUUUGGUUUAUCUGGGACACAGUUGAUUCAUUUGGGGACACAUUUGGU